CUACCGAUUGGUGAGUAUACUCGAUAUAUGUUCACUAAGGAAGGUUCAAAGGGAAACCUACCUAUUCCGAUGCAACUAAUUCUUAGUCGAGAAUCGCACAAUUUUUUGCAUAGUUUUUAAAGUACAACAUUAUCCAUUCAUGUGGGGGAUUGUUGGGAUUAUUAGUGGUGUGAAUGGAAAUGAAAGGGGAAAGAUCCAAGAGAGUCUCUUGAAGUACCAUGUUGGUAAGAUGUGGGAAGGCAUGGUCUCGAAUUCGAUCGAUUUGAUGUAAUAUGUGGUUAAUUGGUUAAAUUGGUUUGUGUAACCAAAUGAACCAAACCGAGUUGAACCAAAUCGAAUCGAACCAAAAUGGCUGUUGGAAUAACCAAACCGGUCCAGCUUCCAUGAGGCCGAACCAAUGCAAUGGUUGAAAUAUUUUAAACGAACCAAUGCAAUGGUUGGGGUGUAACCACCCAUACGAAGAGUUGCCUCCCUUCGUAAGCACCCAUGCAUUCAUUUUCAAUAAAUAGCACCUAACCCCCUCUGGUUUUUACAUGGAUUUUUCGGUACCAAAACUUUGCUAAAAUCCAAAACUAGUUUUCUGCAUUAUUUUGAAAGAGAAAAUCGAGUCAAGUGUGGUUCUCGCCGGUUCGCUGCGUUCGAUGGGUUCCGGGGUUUGAGGUACUGCUACGCCAGAAAAGGUACGUCAUUUCUAUCCUGGGAGGAAUCAUUCCAUAACCUUGGCCCUUGGGUACUAGAGGGGAAUAAGAUUCUUUAAGGAGAGAUAGUGAAUUCUAUCGGCUAGGACGUUUGCAUGUGUCUUUGCAUGUUUUCUUAAUCUUAUGUGUUUGCUUGUGUUGCCAGAAAAUAGUAUACGUGAACAAUUUUUCCACAACAGCUCUUUGGAAGCUUUGGAUCAUCCGUCAUCCACAUCGACAAACAGGUAGGUAAUCUACGUCGACUUGUCCUUCAAGAAAUCCAUAAUCUUGUUUUCGUUUUGUUAUACGAUGUUGUUUGAAACAUCUCUGUUUUGUUUUUCCGUUUUGAUGAUCCUAUUUGGAGUAUCCUGAUCCACCAUGUUACUGUUCGGAGUGUACAUUGUUUUAUGGUUAGGUUUUUUUGGUUUGACGAUGAUGUGUGGAGAAUCUUUGUUUUGUUUCGUCAUAAUCGGUUUUUGGAGAUUUUUUGGUAUCAAGGGAGAAUUCAAAAGAUUUCAAACUCCCACGCACAGCACCAAGAGAAGGAAAACGCAGCUGGAGUGAUGUUGUUUCCUGCAUAAAUUAAGAGCCUUCAGAACGACAGCGUGCUAGAGGACGACAAAUUUUCAAGUUUCAACAACUAUCAUCUACAAUUUUACAUUUCAGUACCCAAUGUUGUGUUUUUACACAUUUUUCUCUUUCUGGCAUGUACUUGUUUGUGAAGCAACCUUGUCUUCUAUUGCUACUUCUGAUACCACUAUAUAAGCUGAGAGAAAAAUGAGAUGAGAUAGGUUUUCAGUCUCAAUACAUUGCAAAAAUGUUGUUAUGGUAUCAGAUCCUGGGAACUAGAAACCCUAGCCACCAGCAACAUCCAUGGAUGAAGCAACAACAACUACAGUAGCAACAACAGUCCCACCAACCAACCCAGAUCCUAUGGUGGAUCCUUUAUACCUCCAUGGAUCUGAACAACCUGACCUUGUUCUUGUUACAGAUAAGCUCACCAUUACCAAUUACAAUGAUUGGAGUAAAGCUAUGCAUAAUGCCCUUGGAGCCAAAAACAAACUUGGCUUCGUUGAUGGUACACUUGCAGAGCCGCAGCUAACCACGGAACAACCUGGGCCUGGAACAGAAACAAUGUUAUGGUGCUCUCCUAAAUCCAGCAAGCCAUCGAACCUGGCAUCAGGAAGACCAUCAUGUCAAUCAAAACAGCGACAGAGGCCUGGAGAAGCCUUAGGGCUCGAUAUGGCCAAGGUGACAUGAUUCAAGUUGCCGAGAUCAUUGAAGCCCUAGCUACACUCAAACAAGGUAACCAAACUGUGACUGAGUACUAUGGUGACUUAAUAGCAUUAAGAGACGAACUGGACAAUUAUCAACCACUGGAUACAUGCACUUUACACCUACCAGCAACACUCAGUGUAGGGCAAUGUAUCAAGUCUUCUUUUAUAGAGACAUCAACUAUGUCAUACAAUUUCUCAAGGGUCUUAAUGAUAAUUAUGCUACUGUAAGGUCCCAAGUCCUGUUUGGAGAUACAUUGCCUUCGAUUGACAGGGUGUUUCAAAGAAUGCUUCAACAUGAACGCCAACAGUAUGACACUAAUCAGGGCAAAGCACUUGCUACAGAGAGCAUCACUCUUGCAUCUCUAAGCAACAUUCCUGCCAACAAAAAGGCCUGACCAUACUUUACAAACUGCAAAGCUCAAGGCCAUGUGGAAGAUGUCUGCUUCCAUAAGCAUGGUUGGCUCCAAGGGAUGACUUCAAGAGGAUCCAAUCCACCCACUCGGUCAGCUGAAUGCACCUACUACAAGAAUUUGGACACACAGAAGACAGAUGCUAUUCCAAGCAUGGACAUCCCCUAAGCUCAACUGGAGCUGGAAGAGGUAGUAUAAAGGGCAGACAAUAUG